UAAUGUAAACAAGCUGCACUAUUGCAAUUACAAUUUGUAUUGUACAAUAAUUUAUGGAAGAUCUUCAUGCACUUUGCCGCGCUUGUGGCACUACAAUUAAUAAGAAGCUGGACACCAAACUAUUUGAUAAACUAAACUAUUAUAUGGUUAGUUUAAUAGACGACAUCACAGAUAUAUGGAUCGAGCAUGAUGAGAAUCUACCUGAGUAUAUAUGCAUUGGAUGCAAGUGUUUAUUAGAUCAAGUUGUUGAAUUUCGCGCAAAGUGUCUUACUAAUCAAAAAAGAUUAGUGGCGACUAUUAAUAUGGCUUUGGGUAAUGGUAAAGACUGCAAUGCUCCCAAAUCUCUACAGAAUUUAGAAGCAGAUACGAAUCUUCAAUUAUCUGAGGAUAACAUAGAACUAAAAAUGUGUGGCCAGUUGGCUCGCAGCAAGGCUGCUAACGUUAAAUGUAAACAAAAGCAUUCAACAAGCACCUGGAUAUGUGAGCAGUGUGGCGGGGAGUUUAAGUCCUCAACUUACCUAAAAUUACAUAUGCUACGACACACAGAUAACAAACCGUAUGAAUGCGACAUUUGUCAUCGCCGAUAUUACACGCAUAAUGAAAUGUUGCGCCAUAGGCUCUUACAUACUUCUGAAAGGCCAUAUAAGUGCCGAUUUUGUAACAAAAGUUUUCGGGGCACUAGCAGCAAGGCAGUGCAUGAAAGGACUCACACAAACGAACGGCCAUUUUCUUGUAAAUACUGUGAGAAAACGUUUACAUCCACAUCGGUGUGCAAAAUGCACGAGAGAGUGCAUGAUAACAAUCGACAAUAUUACUGCGAGCCAUGCAAUCAAUGGUUUGUACGAUCGACCCACUUGACAACACACCAGCGCACUAAACUACACAAAACUAAAUCUGUUAAGGAAUCCUAGCUAAAUAUAAGCUUGCAAGGGAAUCUUUAUGCAAUAAUUUUUAUCCUAGGUCAGUUUUAAACCGCCAAGUAUGAAGAAUAUAUUACUAUAUCGAUUAAAAGUAAUCGCCAUUCGGAAGAAUACACAAUGUCUAUCGACCAGAACAGCUGAUUGCUCUUAACUGUGUUCUUUAAUAAAUAAAGGAAAAUACGCUGG